AUGCAGAAGGUUGUUGUCUCCACGCUUCCAAACAAAGUCAAAACCAUCGAAAAUGUCUUUAUUGAACUAAGGGAUGCCACGCGACUUUCGUGCCGGCUGUGGCUUCCGGCAGAUGAUGUGCCCCGACCAGCCAUAUUGGAGUACAUCCCUUAUCGCAAGCGCGAUGGUACACGUGGUCGUGAUGAGCCCAUGCACGGCUACUUUGCAGGCCAUGGCUACGCGGCUGUUCGUGUGGACAUGCGUGGGAGCGGUGAAUCGGAUGGCCUUAUGCAUGACGAAUACCUGCAACAGGAGCAAGACGAUGCUAUGGAGGUGAUUGAAUGGAUCAGCAGGCAGAAAUGGUGUAAUGGCAAUGUUGGCAUGAUGGGGAAGUCUUGGGGAGGCUUCAAUUCUCUUCAAGUUGCGGUGCGUCGUCCACCUGCUUUAAAAGCUAUCAUCACGGUCGGAUUUACCGACAAUCGCUUUACGGAUGGCAUUCAUUGGCAGGGUGGCUGUCUCCUCAACGAUAACUUCUGGUGGGGAUCCAUUGUGUUGGCGUAUCAGGCACGUCCAAUCGAUCCAGAAAUUGUUGGUGAUCGUUGGAAGGAAAUGUGGCUUCAACGCCUGGAGAAUAUGCCCGUCAACAUUGCUGACUGGGCUGAGCACCAAAAAUACGAUGACUACUGGAAGCAUGGCUCUGUUUGCGAAAAUUACGAUUCCAUUCAGAUACCUGUCAUGGCUGUAGAUGGCUGGGCGGACGGCUACACGAAUGCCGUUUUUAACCUGCUGUCAAACCUGAAGGUUCCCCGGAAGGGAUUUGUGGGGCCUUGGGCACACGUUUACCCGCAGGAUGGCGUCCCGCAGCCGGCAAUGGGGUUUUUACAGGAGGCUGUGAAGUGGUGGGAUCAUUGGCUAAAAGGUACGGAGAAUAACGUGAUGGAUGGACCGAUGAUUCAGGUUUGGAUGGAGCAUGAAAUGAAACCUAGUGUUCAUCGCCCUGUUAGCGAAGGCCAUUGGGUUGGUGUGGAGGCAUGGCCUUCUAAAGAUGUUACGGAGGAAACGAUGCGACUUGAAUGCGGUCGUAUCGUAGAUUUUGCUCACGCCGUGCGACAGGAGCCUGCCUCUGUUCUGCUCAGAACUCCAUUGAAUCACGGUCUUCUUGCCGGUGAGUGGAUGGGCGCUGGGGUUUCAGGCGAAACUCCCGCGGAUCAACGUAUGGACGACGGCAUGGCGAUGGUUUUCGACGCCGCGGAGCUGCAGCACGAGCUGGAGAUUUUGGGUCGUCCCAUCCUCGAGGUGGAGUUAACGUGUGACAAGCCAAAGGCGAUGCUGUUCGCCCAACUCAGCGACGUCUCGCCGGAUGGCGCAGUGAGUCGCAUUUCCUUUGGCGUGAAGAACGUGACACAGGCCGCAGGCGAUCAACGAAUUGAAUACCUCCAAGAGGGGAAGCGGGUUCGUGUCAGGGUUCUGCUGAACUAUUGCGCUCAUCGUUUUACGAAAGGCCAUCGUAUUCGCCUCUCUCUUGCGAACAGCCAAUGGCCAAUGUUUUGGGUAUCGCCUGAGAUCAACACCCUGUCGUUGGACCUCAGCACGGCCACGCUGCGGCUACCCACGUACCGCGGGCCGGCCAUUGCCGGUCCAAACCCGCAGCCAGAAACAGCCGCUCCCACACCCCUCACGGUCCUGCGUGCGGGGUUUGUGGAUCGGUCCAUCACGUACGACAUUGUUAAGGAUGAGUGGACAUGCAUAACAGAUGGUGUGGGCGGUGUCUUUGGCGAUGGAGUUUACCGCUUCGAUGAAAUUGGCACAGCCGUGGAGCACAACUUGAGGCGAGAGCUAAGACUCUCCAACAAGGACCCGCUCUCCGCAAGGUACGACAUCAAGCAGAAGAUGAAGAUGGGGCGCCCUGGAUGGGAGGCGGAUAUUGACAUUGACACUCGCCAAACGUGUGACGCGAACUAUCUUUACGUAACCGCGGAGAUACAAGCAAAGAUGAAUGACGAGAUCGUCUUCGAGAAGAAUUGGUCGCGUCGAGUGUACCGUGAAGGGAUGUGA